CAGCUGCCUCUGCAUUCCCCCCAGGCAUCGUCCUUUCUCUCUCUCCGCCGCAUGAGUUUUCCACAGCAGGUUGUUUUCCCUCGGCCCCUGCUUUCAGUCCAGCUGUAUCACCGACCGAUCGUGGUCCUUUGAUCCCACGUGCAGCAAGCUGACCAUUGGAAAUCCAGGUUCGCCGCAUGAAUUGCGACCUGUCGGGAACACAUCGGUUCUCUGUCCGCGCACUCUAGCUCCAAUCGGGCUGUCAUGGCUCCAGGUGCCGGAGGUAAGAGAAAGAGAGGCGAUAGAUCGUGGUCUGGCGAUUCAGGGAACGACGCUCAGCGGCCUUCUCCCCAUCGACCAGGCAAUCUCAACAUGGCGCAACACAACUACGGCCCGCAGUCUCGUGAUUAUUCCGACACGCGGGGCCGAUUACGAAGGGCACCCAGUCGAGGAGGGAGGAAUAACAUGGGUCGAAGGCCCAGCACCGAAGGCCAGAAUGCUCCUAACGGUCGGAGGGAUAAUGCCAUGUCCCCACCCAGCACAACUCCGGCGAAAGACGUUCAGGAUCCGAGCCAGGCAAACGGCGUCCCUCCGACAGCGAACCAGCAGAAACCACCUUCCUCCCCUUUACCCUCGCCAGCUUCAUCACUCCCCCAAUCACACAUUCAACCAUCACCCGCGCCUACUCCCACGCCCGCACCUGCUCCGCCCGCACCGAUGUCAGCUCCCCAGCCUCCUACUGGGCCCCCGCAACCGUACGACUACGAGCAUGUUACACAAAAUGCGACCGAGGAGUGGGCGGCGACGGGGAAAAAGGCUAUAGUGGAGAACGGAAUCCAGGCAAGAGAUGCCCAGGAUGCGUCCGCGCUGGCCUCGAUCUACCAGGAACUCAUACGGUCCGCUCUACAUGGACGAUUGUCACCGGAGGAGGCAGGAGUCACAGUCAAAGAAAUUAUUGGCGAAGAUGUUGCAGCCGAUGAUGUUGAUAUGGACACUGAAGGGUCAAGUUCAGGCUUGCUUGAUACACGCUCCCUGUUUCUGGACACAUUGUCUAUUAUGACCGAUUCCGACACUUCAAACACUGCCCUGAGACCACUUGUGUUCUCCACAGGGAUUAACCCGGCUCUUAUGCGCCUACAGCUUGAUACACAACUCCUCCAGGCUUUAGGACUUGUCCGCGAGACGUUCACCCGUAUGGGUAUUCGCAAACAAACCAACCUCCUCUAUCGCCAAUCGAACUACAACCUCCUGCGUGAAGAGUCCGAAGGGUACUCCAAGCUGCUCACGGAGCUUUUCACGACAAGUAACAAUGAACCCCCGUCCAGCGAAGUUGUCGAAGACACAUUCGAGAGGGUGAAGGCGAUGAUUGGCGCCUUUGACAUGGACGUCGGUCGUGUUCUCGAUGUCACCCUUGAUGUCUUUGCCGCUGUUCUUGUAAAGCAGUACCGCUUUUUUGUGAAGCUCCUGCGGGCAAGCUCCUGGUGGCCGAAAGAGGAUGUCUUCCGCACCGUUGAUGUAGGCAAUCGUGACUCUGGUCUUCCAAACUGGGCUUUGCCUGGAUCAACUGGCUGGGUGACGACCGACGAGGAACGGAUUGAGGCAAUGAAAGCGAACGAGCAGCGAGAUCACGAAUUCUGGAACAGGGUCAGAGAUAUUGGAACUCGUGCUUUCUUUGAAAUUGGCCGACGCCCCGUGUCUAAGGAGGAGUUACAGCGGAUCCUCCCCGAAAGCAAUAGUCUCUCGGAAGAGGAAAAGGAGAUGCGUAAGUGGAUCGAAGAAACAGGAACUCUGCCCCCCAAGGGGAGUCGAGUAGCAGCUCAAUUACUCGGAUUCAAACUUCGAUUCUACUCCUCCCGUGCUCGCGCUAAAUCCGACGUCCUGCCUGAUAACCUCAUUUACCUUGCGGCCCUGCUGAUUAAAGUUGGGUUCAUUUCACUACGUGACCUAUAUCCUCACCUCUGGAGGCCAGAUGAUUCCAUGGAUGCGCUGAAGGAGGAGAAAAUGAAGGAGAAAGCCGAACGGGAACGAGCAGCACGCCCUGGAGGUGGUGUGAACGCUCUGAUGAUGGCCGGUGCUCUAUCAGAUGACACCUUACCUAUUCCACGCAUGCGAGAAUCCGAGACACGAUCUGCGACUCCUGGGAAGGACCAGGAAACAGACAAAUCCACAGGUCCCAAGACGGAAGAGGACGAGCUUCCUGAACCCUCGGACCAAAAGGUAAUGCUUUUGAAAAGUUUACUCGCAAUUGGAGCCCUCCCAGAAUCCCUGUUCAUCCUGAGCAAAUUCCCCUGGCUCAUGGAGGCCUACCCCGAGCUCCCGGAAUUUAUCCACCGCAUUCUCCACCACUGUCUCAACAAGGUUUAUGCUUCGCUGCGGCCAUUACCCUCGAUAGACGAGCUCAAAGAACAGAAACAAAUCUUAAACCAUGACCAGGCGGGCGUGCCAAAGGGACAAAUCCGGCUGACGCAGGCACCGCCGCGUCGAGUCCUCCGAUGGGCUCAACUCGACAAAGAGGAUACGAACGAUGGAACCGACUACAGAUUCUACUGGGACGAUUGGGCAGACAACAUUCCCAUCUGCCAGACGGUCGACGACGUCUUCGCAUUAUGUUCAUCGUUUCUUAACCUGUCCGGCCAUAAGAUCGGCCAGGACCCAAGCUUGUUGGCGAAGCUCGCGAGAAUCGGCAAGGACAGCAUGAGCAGAGACCAUUCACCGGAAAACCGGGCACGUUGGCAGGAUCUUUGCAAGCGACUCCUAGUCCCAUCGAUUAGUCUCACAAAGGCCAAUCCUGGCGUGGUGAAUGAGAUCUUCGAUCUCAUCAGUUUCUUUUCUAGGGAGGUUCGGUACAAUAUGUAUGCCGAGUGGAACUCUGGUCAAACGUCCCGAUUGCCUGAUAUCAAGUCUGCCUUCGAACAGGCCAAGGCGGAAACGAAGGACAUUCUCAAGAGGCUUAGCAAAACAAAUAUCCGGCCGAUGGCUCGCGCAUUGGCCAAAAUUGCCUAUGCCAAUCCUGGGGUCGUGAUUACCGUUGCCAUCAAUCAAAUUGAAUCUUACGAGAAUCUCAUUGAAGUCGUCGUGGAGUGCGCGCGCUACUUUACGUACCUUGGUUACGAUAUUCUGACAUGGGUCAUGAUCAGUUCACUCGGCCAGAAGGGUCGAAGUCGUGUCCAAGAAGGUGGACUGCUCACUAGUCGUUGGUUGAACGCUUUGGCUACGUUUGCAGGGCGGACAUUCAAGAGAUAUUCGGUCAUGGAUCCUACCCCUGUCCUCCAAUACGUCGUGGAGCAGCUUCGACAGAACAAUUCGACGGACCUGAUAAUCUUAGAGCAGAUGAUCAGUUCCAUGGCAGGGAUCAUCACCGACAACAAUUUCAACGAGGCGCAGAUUCAGGCCAUGGCGGGUGGCGAACUCCUACAAUCCCAGACAAUCCUGCAGCUGUUAGAUAAGCGACACGAGUCAAAGACUACGUCGAGACGGCUCAUAAAGUCUCUUACGGUUUCGAAACUCGCGGGACAGUUACUCAUCGCCAUCGCCCAAGAACGCUGGACAUGCAUCUACAAGGAAACGGAAGGCGCCUCGGAGCUUAAAUUGUUGGGCAACAUCUUCGACGAGAUCCACCGUAUUCUGGUUCAGUACCUGGACUUGCUCCGCAGUAACCUGUCGGUGGAGGACUUUGACUCCUUCGUCCCCGACUUAGCCACUCUUAUCAGGGAGUUCGGCAUUCAGCCUGAAGUCGCAUUUUGGAUCCGGCGCCCGAGCGUUGCCAAGAAGAUUGCAGACAUGGAAAGGACGAUACAAGAUGAGGAUUCUUCUACGACUACCGUUACUGUAGCUCCUACUCGCGAUAGUGAAGACGCUUCACCCUCUAAACCCGAGGCCGACAAGAUGGAAAUGUCAGAAGACGGAGAGGCGGUCGUCGCUGAAAACCAACAGUCGGAGAAUGCUAUGGAUAUCGACCAAGGAAAACCCGAAAAUGCAGAUGACCCCAGUAGUGAGAAGGCUACCACCGGACCCGCCCCUACUGAGGGACUGGCUCUCAAUCCAGUCAUGCAGGACCUCCAAGACCAAGUCAAGGACGUGCUGGGUUCCGAGACAUGGGGAGUUGUCGGCGCACAUUUCUAUGUGACUUUCUGGCAAUUAUCCCUCUAUGAUGUUCAUAUACCCCAGAAAGCCUACGAAGAUGAAAUCGAUCGUCAGAAGAGGAAGGUCAUUGCAAUUAGCAACGAUCGGUCCGACAUCAGCAUGGCUGGAACCCAAAGAAAGGAGCGAGAGAAAAGGCAACUCACGCAACUUCAAGACCGGAUAUUGGAGGAGAACAAGGCUCACUUGAAAGCCUACGGACAGACGAGGGCGAAACUCCAGAAAGAAAAGGACCGCUGGUUUGCCGGUAUGCGUGGGAACUACGAUUCUCUGAAUGUCGCCCUUCUCGAGCAAUGCUUUCUACCACGCCUACUGUUUUCCCCCAUCGAUGCAUUCUAUUGCUUCAAGAUGCUGAAAUUCCUGCACACCACUGGAGCGCCCAACUUCCGAACCGUGGGUCUUUUGGACCAGUUGUUCAAGGAGCAUAGACUUGUCGCCUUGAUAUUUCAAUGCACUUCGCGAGAGGCUGAUAACUUCGGUCGCUUCUUGAAGGAAGUGAUACGCGACCUUGGCCGUUGGCAUGCUGACAAGGCAGUCUAUGAGAAGGAAGCUUAUGGCACCAAGAGGGACCUUCCUGGGUUUGCCAAGAAUGUGGAUCCUGAAGGAAAGCCAACGACGUUUUUGGAAUACGAAGAUUUUCGCCGGCUGUUGUACAAAUGGCACCGCCUCCUAGUGUUGGCCCUGAAAUCCUGCUUGGACGGGGGCGAAUAUAUGCAUAUCCGUAACGCUAUCAGUGUGCUGAAGGCCGUUGUGCAACACUACCCGGCCGUGAACUGGAUGGGGUAUAAGCUGUUGACGAGCAUGACUAACCUGAGUCAAAACGACGAACGAGACGAUGUCAAGAUCCCCGCUGCUUCACUUAUUGGCGACCUCAACCGGCGCGAGAAGAGUUGGGGCCUGCCACAAGAAUUCCGUUUUGAACAGGGGACCGGCAGAGGAAACCAGACAGCUGCAGCAGCAAAGUCCAGCACACCACGUCCCCAGUCCAGUACCCCAACUCCCCUGAACGCCGGUGCUGCCGAGUUCAAACCCACCUCCACCUCCGAGUCCCAAGGAGCGUCAAAAUCCGAGUCGGGCCCCACGAAGGCUGAAGUCGAAGAUGGGGAGAUAGAGGACGCUAGGAUGACCGAUGUGCCAAUGGUUGAUCGGACGGCUCCAACGCCAGCCGUGACAACAGAUGCUGUGACCCCUCAACGUGAUUCCGAACCUCAGGCUACUGAAGCAACACCAUUGACCGCUCGCGAGCCAACAUCGAGUGACAAGGAUGUCACUACUGUUCGCGGGGCUCAUCUUGAAGGGGACCUUCCCCCUCGGCCCGUGGCCCCCGCAUCGCCUGCCGGAUCUCACCUUGUGUCGAAGGGCCUAGACGUUGGCAGACCGGCAAAUGUACCGAAGCGCCCCGAAACAGAGCGAGCACCGUCUGGUACCCAGAACCCACGGUCUCAGGGCCAGGGUUUACACCGUUUCCCCCGGGAUGACAAGUUACCCGCCCGGCCGGACCUCCUGGAAGACCGACGUGACAGACUUCAAGAUUAUCCUCGCGGUGGUCGAUUUGGAGGUGACCAUGACUAUCCUCGGCAGUUUGAUGCGGCCAUGGGUGAUGGGCGAAACUACGGCCGUCUUGACAGAGAGUACGCUUCGAGGCCGCCUAUGGAAGAGGCAUUCCGUGGUCCUCACCGGGAUGGACGUCCGCCUCGCGACGGGGACUGGCCGGAUCGGUCAGGUCGUUUGCGUCCAGAUGCUCGUGAGGGACUGGCCAACGUACGGCCCGGCCCCCCAACACACCCUGACCGUGCAGGUAUGAUAGACGACCACCCCGAGGGCUAUCGGCGCGGCGAUGCUGGGCGACAGGAGCGAGAUGACCGGCGGACUUUAGCACCCAGGGCAUUGUCCCCCCCAAGAAUAGACCCCCAGGGGCGUCCGGAACGGUUUUCGGCCGAGGAUCGCCGGUCUGGGAACUUUUCGCACACGCAUCCACGCAAUGAAGACAUGCCCACGGGGCCACGCAGUGAGCGGUUUGGGCGUCCGUCCAUGGAUGGGGCUGAAUCUAGAGAUCCAGUCACGGGGAUCGACAUGAACCAUGGACGCCUGCGCCAGCCGGAACCUCCAUCGGAUGUGCCGUCCGGUCCAAGAGGGAGAAAUAUCGUGGGGCGCGGGGGACGCAAUGCCGCGGGCUUGCCCCAUCCCCAAGCACCUCCUGCGAACGGUCCGAUGGCGGUCCCCGAACGCCAGCCCCCUACUGGCCCUGGCCGGCAGGGUCUACGAAACGCACCGGAUCCAUCGCCCACGACUGGCCCUCCAUCACCGGGCGCCGAGAAGCUCGACACCAGCGGAAUCCACCCGGACAGGCUUAAGGUCUUGCAACAGCAACCGCAGGACAAGGCCUACAGCGGAAGCCCCCGCUCGCAGCAUGCGUCACCCUCUGCGGCGAUUGUUCCCCCAUCCGGUCCUCGUAGUGGACUUGGCCCACCGGCCGGACCCUCUUCUAUGCCACGCGGGCCGCCAUCGGGCCCUGGUUUUGGCGGGGAACGCGGCCGGGGAGACAAGCGAUUUGCCGGAAUCAACAACAUGCUCCAGCAAUCCGGUGGACCGCCGGACCGUGGCCCUGGCCCAGCCAUUCGGGGCCGGGGCGCCAAUCGGCAAGCGGCCGCUAUGAACGCUCCGUCGCCGCAAUCGGCUCGUUCCCAAACGCCCGUGGCGCAGGAGGAUGGCGGCCGUGCUGGCUCGUCGACUCAAGGCCGUCCCGAUCUCAUGGCAGGCCGGUCUUCUGGUGCCGCAUAUAGCGAAGAUGACAGUCACCCCCGGAACCGACUGGGCAGUGGACGAGAGACAGCUGAGGAUGCAGGCAGCACGGAGACCCGGCGAACCCAGCGAUUCUCCUCUGGCACCACGUACCCGCAUGAUCGGGACCGGGAGAGAGAGCGGGAGCGCGAUCGGGAGCGGCGAGGAGGCGAGGAAGAGACAUCACGAAGUAGCAGUCGACGCGAGGAGCAUCGCGAGCGGACUCGAGAUUACGAACGGGAGCGGAGUCGGCGGAGUGAUGUAGCAGCGGGUGCCAACCGGGAAGAGCGCUAUGAGUCUCGUGAGGCUUCCCGACGAGGGCCUGGGGCACGCGAAGACAACCGCCGCCGACGAGACCGGGAUGAAGGGGCCGACCUUACCCCCAGCAAUCAGGAGCAUGAAGGCCGCCUGCGCCCGCCGUCUUCUCUGGGAGGACAGGCCCCUCCGCCACCACCACCGCCGCCGGCUGCCGGAACUGAGGAAGAACGCCGCUGGGGAGGGGGACGCGACCUACGGGACCGGGAUCGAGACCGCACCCGGGAUCGCCCGCGUGAUCGGGACUAUCAUCGUGAGGGUGGUAGUGGAGGACCUCACCGCAAACGCCAUCGGCCUGGCGACGAAGGAGGACACGGGGAUGGCAGUGGCCGGGGAGGGAUGCGGAUGGGGAGUGAGAACAAACGCCCGCGACGAGGCGCUUGAGGGGAGUGGAUGCAGCGGAACGAUACGUGAUGCAUGUUGCUUUUGUCUCUCAUUGAAUCUACUAUUUCCUUUUGACCUACUGGAAUCUUCAAGCAUUGGUGGACGGAGUUUUUGUGUUCCGUCUGUUGCCUGGGCUUUCAUCUAUCGAUCUACAUGCACGCAUCGGCCUGUAUCAUAAUUCUUUUCCCCUCUGUGUUUGAUUGGAUAUUUGGAUGCACGCAGCCGGG